GCACAUGCAUUGCCGGUCAAUGAAAUGGACUGGACUGUUCCUUCCGACAGGAAACGAUGAUGAUUGCGGGUAGGGCUAUGCAUGCUAGACGAUGACGAGUGAUGCGAGAUGGGAUUAUUGAUGAGACUUCCCCGUGCUGACGAAUUGCUUCAAGGACUGUUUUGCGGAAAUAGCAGAUUUGAAGCUCAGCUUGGUGACUCCGACUUCAUGAUACCAGUAUUGAUGUUCGUCAACAGAGCUAUAUCUGACAGCUGUCUCAUGAGCGUCGUGCCGUGCAUUCUUGAAGACGCCGCUGCUUGUUGUCAUGAUCGCCCACCAACAGUCAGAAGCCAGACUGCAAAUGAAAGGCUUCAACGUGCAGCGAGCGCCUAUUGUUCCUUGUGCCAUUGUCUCGCCAUUGCGAUCGGACAGCGCGUGAAGUUGGUCCGACCACAUCAAGAUCAUGUACCAUCAUGCAUUUUGUGCUGGUAUGAGCGAUUAGAGGAUGCAGAACGAAACCAAGGAAUGCAGAUUGCGGCGCGGAAAGGGUUGGGUCCUGUAUUUGCAUCAAGUUUGUUUGAUUGCUAGCAGAACGCGAGUGCAAGAAUGGUAUCAAGAAGCCAAGUAACGCCUCGCUAUCAUCAUGUCGUCCUUGAGUCAUAUCGUACACCUGCAACAGCAGAACCUCCUCCUAUCUUUCACCAAUGCAAUACCAUUUCGUCAACCGUGAUCGUCUAGACGACGUGGUCGU